GCAGUGAAAAUGAGUUUUUAGGAAUAAAUCGUGUGAUUGUUCCAUUCAUUACAUGUGGUGAUCUAAGUGGGUUUGAUUCUGAUAUGACCUAUUCACUUGAGAAAAAAAGUUUGGAUCCUUUACAACCUCCAAUAAGUGCACCAUAUGACAAAGCAAUCACUUUGAAACAACAAAAUUUUUAUAAUAAAGUUCCAUAA